UCCAGAUAUACCCCUGGUAGUGUUACAGCUCUUUUAGAAUUUGUCUAGCAGGCUUUCUGGUUGUUAUCGGAAAGCCCCACUUACUAUAGGUUGUUCUUAACAGUAGAAAAAAAUAUGUUUAUUGGACGGAAUUUACGGUAAUGGAUGGUUCUUUUUAUUUAAAUACUGUUGUAAAUCUUGAGUAGAAAGCUUUGUACCACGCCACGCCUGGAGAUUUCCGGCUACGCGGGUUGGUACUUCCUCUCCGCCCCCACUAGCUUUGGAGACGGUUGUAGAACGUGGCUCUAUUUAUUCCUGAGCUUUCCAUUUGUCUCCGCGGAACCUUCCCUCAUGGCGUCCGCCUCGAGCCAACCGGCGGCCCUGAGCGCUGAGCAGGCGAAGGUGGUCCUGGCGGAGGUGAUCCAGGCGUUCUCCGCCCCGGAGAAUGCAGUGCGCAUGGACGAGGCUCGGGAUAACGCGUGCAACGACAUGGGUAAGAUGCUGCAAUUCGUGCUGCCCGUGGCCACGCAGAUCCAGCAGGAGGUUAUCAAAGCCUAUGGCUUCAGCUGCGACGGGGAAGGUGUCCUUAAGUUUGCUCGCUUGGUCAAGUCCUACGAAGCCCAGGAUCCUGAGAUCGCCAGCCUGUCAGGCAAGCUGAAGGCGCUGUUCCUGCCGCCCAUGACCCUGCCACCCCAUGGGCCUGCUGCUGGUGGCAGCGUGGCUGCCUCCUGAGAGUUGGCCCUCCCUCGUGCCACUGCCAGGGGAGGAAGGGCCUUGAUGUUCCAGACAAUAAUAAACGCGCCUGUGACUUA